UUUUUUUUUUUUCGUUUUCUUCGGUUUCUCUUUUUUUUUUUUUCAAGCAUCACCAUCCACACCAUCACCAUCAGCAUCAUCAUCAGCAGCACUCGUCGUUGUGCACAAAAGCAACCACCAGGCAGAGAGCGCGCAACGGGGUUUCCAUCAACAAAGCACUAGAUAUGGCUGGAGUUGCUGCAGGUGAUGCAUCUGUCUGGCAGCUGAUCCGCCGUCAGCCACUCCUGCUGCAGGACGGCGACCCCAGCUCCAGCACGACGACUCGACCACCACGGCACUCGUCCCCAGCACCUCGACAGACACAGUCACUUGCACACGUGACAGCAGCAGCAACAGCAGCAACAGCAGCAACAGCAGCAUCACAGCAACAGCAGAACGAACAGCUGCAGCGACUCAAGAGGCAGCAGCAUCGGAUAGCCUGCAGAUCGUCCACGGCGGGGCGGGCGUCUGCGCGAUGGCUGGCAUCAUCACCGUCAUCGCUACUCGCACUCGGCGUGCUGGCAGGCGCUGCACAGGCCACAGACGCGUCGUCAGCCAGCGCUUCCGCAGGUUCUGCUGUUUCAGCCGAGCCAGUUGGCUUCCAACCCUUCCCUACGUCCACCCCGUCUCCCAACGACAACACUGGCGACGCGAACAACGAGUACCUCUUCUAUGCGCUCGCCGGCGUGUACUUUGUGCUGUGCCUCAUCCCUGUCGUCCAGCUCGUCCGCAUCCGCCUGCGCGCCCCGCAGCUCGGUUGGUCGACGCAAAAGUCCUUCCUCUUCCUCACCAUGCUGCUCAACACUGUUCGAUGCGUCUUCUUUGCAAUCUCGCCAAGCACUCCGUCCGGAUUUUUCAAGGUGGACUUGCAACACCCGAUUUACGCCAUUCUGGCCGACUUGCCUGGCGAUCUCUUCUUCUCGUCCUACACGUUGAUUGUGCUAUUCUGGGCUGAAAUCAUGGCACAUGCCAAGAACAGAUCCGUCUUUAUGAAACGCUGGCUCCGUUCCAUCUACGUCUCUGCCAAUCUUGUCACGUAUCUUGUGCAGCUGACCAUCUGGCUGCUCUUGCUCUUUCUGGACUACAAGUCUACGCUGGACCAAAUCGACAACUUUUACCACGCUUUCAUCACCUUGGUUGCUGGAACGGGAUUUGUCUUGUACGGCGGCCGGCUGUACCGCAUGCUUCGCCAAUUUGGCGUCGAGUCGCGGGGCCGCCGGCAGAAAAUGCUCGAGGUUGGCCUGGUGACGGUUGUGUGCGCGUUCUGCUUUUCGGUGCGCGCCACCUUCACCAUCGUCAGCUCGAUUUACGACUCGUACGACACAAACAACUAUUUUCUUGCAGCCUUCUUUUUGAUUGGAGAGGUCAUUCCGUGCCUGCUCGUGUUGUACAUUUUGCGGCGACUCCCGCCGCGCAUUCGCGAGCCCGGCGAGGCUCGGCGCCCGCUUGUGCAAGCCGCCGCGCCAAACGGCGCUACUCCUGCACCCUAUGGCAGCGAUGUUUACGGGACGAUCAAUGGCGGCCCUGAAGAUGGGCCCUUGGCCUCCCCGGUCGAGCAUCCUUCGCUGUCAACGUCUGGCAGCUUUGGUGCGUUGACUGUCAACAUUUCACAGUCGUCAUCCCAGCAGCCGCGCUAUUCACAGCAGCAGUCGCUGUUGGAGCGCGCUCAGCCCAAAUCUACCUCCCAGGCCGUGUUUGGCGCCUUCCGGCAAUCGCUCGCCACAUCGCCCCCAGGCACCACCGCAGGUUCCUUGCAGCAGCCGCAAUCCCCGACGAGUUCGAGUUAUUACAACCCUGGCUUGAGUCAAGCGCAGCAGCAAUUGCUUCAACAACAGCAACUGCUUCAGCAGCAGCAGCAGCAACAACAACAGCAACAGCAAGGGGUUGGGAAGGCCACCCCGGGUCUUGGCCCAUUCGCUGCAGCGUCCAACGCUUCUCGUCCUUCUGCAGGCGUUCAGCAAGGAGGCAACCACUUUUUCGGCAGCGGAAGCGUGAGCAGCGUUGCCAGCGCCACGAGUAGUGGCUCUGUCUCUGGCUUUGGCAACCCUUUGGCCGUCUCGGCUGGCUCGGGAUUUAUGGGUGCGGCACCGAGGCCAAUUUCUUCACGCGGCUCCUCCAACGUGCCUUCCUUCUUUGGCGGUGGCAUGCCAGGCGUUGCGAUCGCAGUCUCCCCUCCAGCUGCCGUUUCAAGUAAUCCUUCUCAAUCCUCGCCUCCUCGUGCCCCAACUUCUAACGGUUCGACAAGUUCUUAUCGGUAGCCAAAUGUCUUAGUAUUAUCGUCCUUUUUUCUCAGUCAUGGUGUUGUGACUUUUGCUUUUGUACUGUCACAAGAAAAUGCAUAAGCU